GAGAGUGGGGCCUGGUGGUUAGAUCAGGGGGGCUGGGAGCCUGGACAGUGGGAUUUUCUGGGGGGGAGGCAGGCUGGAGGGUGACAGAAAGGUAGUAGCUCCAUUCUUGGCUGGGCUCUCGAAAGCUGCUGGUCACAGAACCCAGAUGUCCAAGCUAGCAGGGCUAAGGCUCCCCCUGCUCCCAUCCACAGCUCCUCCCAGCCUAGCUGCGGGCCAAGAUGCAGCUGAGUCUGGGGUGGGACCUGACCACAUAGAACAGCAUUAGCAGCUGGGGCUGGAGCUGAGGCUAAGACCCACCCAGCCAAGGCUCUGCAGAGGAAGUGCUGGGCCCCGGAAGGGGGAAGUGGCUGGGGUGGGCGGCCACCAGCAGCCUCCCGGACGCCUGGGUUCCACGCCACCCGAAGGCAUGAGCUGCAAGCCAAACUAUCAAGGGGGCAAGGACUUUGGGGCCCGGAAGGCCCAGCAGGAAGCGCAGCUGGAUUCCAUCAACCAGGUAUUGCAGGGGGGCACCUGGGGGCAGGAGGAGGGGCUGAGCCCACGGCACUGUCCCGCCCCGGCAGAGAAGUACAUGGAGUUCGACCUCAACUCAGAUGGGGAAAUCGACCUGAUGUCACUCAAACAGAUGCUGGAGAAGCUCGGGGUGGCCAAGACCCACCUGGAGCUGAAGCGGCUCCUGCACAAGGCCACGGGAGGCACCAGCGACACCAUCAGCUACCGCAGCUUCGUGCAGCUGCUGCUGGGCCCGCAGUCCGACAUCCGCGACCUGAUUCUCCUGUUCGAGAGCAAGGCCAAGGAGCAGGAGCCCCCGCCACCCGGGCCCCCCCGCAAGAGGGACAUCACCGAGCUCCCCUAGCCUCGCUCCCAACCUGCGGGAGGACACGAAGUGGCGCUGAUCCUGCAAAGGAUGCUGGGAGGGGGGGCAGGGGGAGGAGGUUCCCCCUCCUUGGUGAAGGAGGUUGGAGAGGUGAAAGGUCAGACCUCAUGUGCUCAGCCAUGUUAAUAAAGGCCAUUUAAGGACGCUGCUGUUGGGUGGUGUUG